GAUUUCUGCACCAUGACACCUUCUAUGCUCCUUUUUGAUGGGGAUCACUACAGCGCUGGACAAUGGUACUUGAUAUGUCUUGUCAUUUUAGUCGCAAUACAGAGCAUCCCGCGACUCUGGAGGAGCUUGCGCCAUUUGCUUUGCAGACAGCGCAAAACAGUGGAUGAUGGUCAGCAAGCCACGACGCACAAUCCCAUUCUAGUGUUUUUCCAUCGCUUGACCUAUUUUCAUCUCCCGUUCUAUCCCUACUAUCCGACCCGUCUCAUCAUUUUCCUUGUCCUCUACAUACUCAUUUCCGUGUUAUUUGCUACGGGAUCCAUUACUUUGGAGAAGGAUGUAGGAUAUCCACGUUAUGGAUACAUGGCCCUUGCAAAUCUAUGCGCUGCAACCAUCUUCGCCCUCAGAAACUCUCCAGCCUACUACCUUUUGGCCUUGCCAUUUGAGCGGACAAUCGAAUUCCACAAGUGGUUUGGAAUUGGGGCUAUGGUUUUUGCAUGGGUUCACGGUGGACUGUAUCUACGACAGUGGGAAGCGCAGGAUGUGACCGCUCUCAUGUUCAACAUGAGAUCGAGGUUGGCCUUUGGCGCCGCGGUAGCUGCUCUAGUUGCGUUCGUGGUGCUGGCAGCUCAACGUCCCAUCCGACGCAGAAUGUGGGAGCUCUUUUGGGCCAUUCAUAUAUUUGGUUUCCUCGCCAUAUUUGUUCUCGUAAAUUUUCAUACGACAAAAGGAUUUGAAUUCACACUACCACCGCUUCUCCUUUGGGGCUUGGACCGCGUUAUCCGAUUCACACGCGGAUGGCUCAGACCUGCUGUUGCGGAGACCUCUGACUGCAACGGCCAGGUUACGCGUCUUGUGGUCCACCAAAACCCGCUGUGGGGACGCGCGUAUCAAGCAGGACAGUACGUGUUCCUUAACGUUCCCCGUGCUGGCAUGAUCGAGUGGCAUCCCGCCAGUAUUGUGUCUGGUGCGCCAUUGAAAAACGAUCUGGAAGGUGCUGAUGGCGCUUUCCCACCGACGCAGAAUCAAUACACGUUAGUGCUUCGCAACGUGGGCUCCUUCACUCGCCGAUUGACGCAAGUCGGAGCAAGCCAAGAGAAACUUAAAGUGCGCAUAGAUGGUCCUUACGGAAAAUGGGAUCUCGUCGCGAAGAAUUACAAUCUUAUUGUUCUUGUUGCCGGCGGAAUAGGUGCAACGCCUAUCCUGUCAGUUCUAUUAACGGUUCUUCGCAAAUCUUCAAAGACAGGAUUCAAUCGCAAAGUAGAGUUCAUUUGGGCGGUGCAAACGGAGAAUCAAAUCAUGUGGUUUGCCGAUGAGCUUGCCCAAGCAUCUGCCCUUGGUGCACGCAUUCGGAUCUUUGUGACGCAAACUUCCGAAACAACAUCAUCUACUGCGAUGGUAACGCAUACAGAAGACGGUGUCAAGAUGUUUGCCGGAUGUGAGAUCUUGUACUUCCGACCCCAUAUCGAGGAUGUGUGCCAAGACAUCAAGAACAAUUUUCCUGGAAUUGAGACUGCUGUUGGAGUUUGCGGUCCUCCUGGAAUGGUACGCUCUACUCGAGAUGCAGUCCGAAAGUGCUCCGAUGUGCGCUCUUUAUGGCAUCUACAUGCCGAGGCAUUUGAUUUGUAGUACUCGCCGAUGGACGGCACGACUAUAGACAGUUUUGAAUGGCUCGUCUAGGAAGAGGACCCUUUAUAAGUUUGGAUGAGUUUGUGAACGGCUGUACAUAGUGUCUGUAACCGCAGGAUGUAUAUAUUUGAUCUGUAAGGGUGGUAAUCCCGAUAGGACUGUAUGCGCAGAAUGUUCAUGUAAUCAUGAUCAGCCACAUUGGAAUGCGG